ACCCCAAACCACACGUCAUCGAUUAGCAUCGCACGCAGUUUCAGGAAGUGUCAUGGGUUCCACGUCACUACUCGACAGUCCGUCCACAGAAAACGCAGCACCGACUGUAAUUAUUCGUAAUUCAUUCACAUAAAGAGAGACAAUCCAGGGAUAAAACAUGCCUCUCAGGCUGGACAUCAAGCGGAAGCUGACAGCCCGGUCAGACCGUGUGAAGAGCGUGGACCUCCACCCGACCGAGCCGUGGAUGCUGGCCAGCCUGUACAAUGGUAGUGUCUGUGUCUGGAACCACGAAACACAGACCUUGGUGAAGACCUUCGAAGUGUGUGACCUUCCAGUGAGAGCAUCGAAGUUUGUAGCCAGGAAGAACUGGGUCAUAACCGGAGCGGAUGACAUGCAGAUCCGUGUGUUCAACUACAACACCCUGGAGAGGGUCCACAUGUUUGAGGCCCACUCUGACUACAUCCGCUGUAUCGCCGUUCAUCCCACCCAGCCCUACAUCCUCACCAGCAGUGACGACAUGCUAAUCAAGCUGUGGGACUGGGAGAAGAAGUGGUCUUGCAGUCAGGUGUUUGAGGGCCACACCCACUACGUCAUGCAGAUCGUCAUCAACCCUAAAGACAACAACCAGUUUGCCAGCGCUUCUCUGGACAGAACCAUCAAGGUGUGGCAGCUGGGCUCCUCCUCUCCUAACUUCACCCUUGAGGGCCAUGAGAAAGGAGUCAACUGCAUUGACUACUACAGCGGAGGGGACAAGCCAUACCUCAUAUCAGGUGCUGAUGACCGUCUGGUCAAGAUUUGGGACUACCAGAACAAGACGUGUGUGCAGACCCUGGAGGGCCACGCCCAGAAUGUGUCGUGUGUCAGCUUUCACCCAGAGCUGCCUAUCAUCAUCACAGGCUCAGAGGACGGCACUGUGCGUAUCUGGCACUCGAGUACAUACCGUCUGGAGAGCACGCUGAACUACGGCAUGGAGCGCGUGUGGUGUGUGUGUGGCCUGAGAGGCUCCAACAACGUGGCGCUGGGCUACGACGAGGGCAGCAUCAUCAUCAAGCUGGGGCGUGAGGAGCCAGCCAUGUCCAUGGACACCAGUGGGAAGAUCAUCUGGGCCAAGCACUCGGAGGUGCAGCAGGCAAACCUGAAGGCCAUGGGCGACACGGAGAUCAAGGAUGGAGAGAGGCUGCCGCUGGCCGUCAAAGACAUGGGCAGCUGUGAGAUCUACCCCCAGACCAUCCAGCACAACCCCAACGGAAGGUUUGUUGUGGUGUGUGGAGACGGAGAGUACAUCAUCUACACUGCUAUGGCCCUGAGGAACAAGAGCUUCGGCUCAGCGCAGGAGUUUGUCUGGGCACACGACUCCUCCGAGUAUGCCAUCAGGGAAAGCAACAGUGUGGUCAAAAUCUUCAAGAACUUCAAGGAGAAGAAGUCUUUCAAGCCAGACUUUGGUGCUGAAGGUAUCUAUGGAGGCUUUUUGCUAGGCGUCAGGUCAGUGAACGGUCUGGCCUUCUAUGACUGGGAAAACACAGAGCUGAUCCGCCGCGUCGAGAUCCAGCCCAAACAUAUCUUCUGGUCAGACUCAGGGGAGUUGGUGUGUAUAGCCACAGAGGAUUCCUUCUUCAUCCUGCGCUACCUGUCAGAGAAAGUAGCCGCCUCCCAAGAGAACAACGAGGGAGUGACCGAGGAUGGCAUCGAAGACGCCUUUGAGGUCCAGGGGGAGAUCCAGGAGGUGGUGAAGACAGGCCUAUGGGUGGGAGACUGCUUCAUCUACACCAGCUCUGUCAACAGACUCAACUACUUUGUAGGGGGAGAGAUUGUCACCAUCGCUCACCUGGACAGAACCAUGUACCUCCUGGGCUACAUCCCCAAGGACGACCGCCUGUACCUGGGUGACAAGGAGCUGAACAUCGUCAGCUACUCCCUACUGGUGUCUGUGCUGGAGUACCAGACAGCUGUGAUGCGCCGGGACUUUGGCAUGGCCGACAAAGUGCUGCCCACCAUCCCCAAGGAGCAGAGGACCCGCGUAGCACACUUCCUGGAGAAACAGGGCUUCAAGCAGCAGGCUCUGGCCGUGUCAUCAGACUCGGAGCACAGGUUUGAGCUUGCCCUGCAGCUGGGGGAGCUGAAGAUCGCCUAUCAGCUGGCUGUGGAGGCAGAGUCGGAGCAGAAGUGGAAGCAGCUGGCAGAGCUGGCCAUCAGUAAGUGCCAGUUUAGCCUGGCCCAGGAGUGCCUUCAUCACGCCCAGGACUACGGUGGCCUGCUGCUGCUGGCCACCGCCUCGGGCAACGCCGCCAUGGUGGGCAAGCUGGCCGAGGGUGCCGAGCGGGACGGCAAGAACAACGUGGCAUUCAUGACCUACUUCCUGCAGGGGAAACUGGACCACUGUCUAGAGCUGCUGAUCCGGACCAACCGGCUGCCCGAGGCGGCCUUCCUGGCCCGCACCUACCUACCCAGCCAGGUAUCCAGAGUGGUCAAGCUGUGGAGGGAGAGCCUGGCCAAGGUCAACCAAAAGGCGGCUGAGUCACUGGCCGACCCCACUGAGUAUGAGAACCUGUUCCCCGGGCUGAAGGAAUCGUUUGUGGCCGAGCAGUUCCUUCGUGAGACCUGCCUGGGCAACUCCAUGCCCGCCACCAACUACCCUCUCAUCACGCCCAAUGAAGAACGUAAUAUACUAGAGGAGGCCACAGGCUACGAGCCCAAAGGAGCUCCACUCUCCCUCGCUACACCGGUACUGCAGGCUGAAGACAGCGGCGAGGAGACCAUGCUGGCUGCAGGCGUGAUGGAGUCCGUGUUGGCGGCGGUAGUGGCCCCCGUGGCUGCAGCCGUGAUUCCCUCGGAGGCAGAGCCUGAGGUUGCACCUGAGGAGCAAAGCCCCAGCUCAUCUGAGUCACAGAAGGACAAGGUCCUGGAUGAACUUGAAGACGACCUGGACAACAUGGAGCUGGACGACAUUGAUACCUCGGACGUCAACCUGGACGAGGACUUCCUGGAUGACUGAGAAACCCCCUUCUCUCUCAUUCAUGCUAUCAAUUUAUUUAAGAGACCAAACCCACUUUUGUAUUUUUACUUUACCUGUGUUAUUUUUGUCCUACAGUGUUUGGAAGACUAAGUAGAUUAUGAUGCUGAUUCCCAGGCGAGGGAAAGAGGAGAGUUAUACAUGUCUUGAAUCUUAAAGCAGAUUUUUUUUAAACUUCAUCCAGGACCUUCACUAAUUACCUGUGCAUUGAGUUAUAUAUUUUCACCCCUGUAUGUGUUCAACGGCAAAUCAGUGUUCAUUUACGCCAAAUAAAUUGCAAAUGAUGUACAUGUAUGUCAAACA